ACACCUACAGAGACACAGCAGCAACGUAUAAUGGAGAAACCAACAACCACCACCUUGAAGCUGAUAAUAGAAAAAGGCCCUAGCGCAGGCGAAACCCUAGAAUACUCAUCAACCUCAAUAAUCAAAAUCGGACGUGUAGCUACCGGAAACACAUUCGCAAUCAAGGAUUCUGGAAUCUCAUCCAAACACUUAUGCAUCCAAUUCGACAACCAGUUGAGCAAAUGGACACUUUGCGAUCUCGAUUCGUCCAACGACACCGUUUUGAACGGCCAAAUGCUUAAGCCGUACACUCCUUCUGCUCUAAACGACGGCGACCGGAUUAAGAUCGGUGAGUUGACCUCAAUUGUUGUGAAUAUGCAAGCCGAAUCGGUGGUUCCACCGAGACGGAAGACUAGGAGGCAAGGAAAAUGUAGAACUCAAUCUCAAUCGGAUGAUGGUGGCGAAAAUGGAAAAUUAGGGUUAGGGUUUGAUGGGGAAAAGAGGGGAAAGAAGCGGUUAAGAAGCGGAAUUUGUGAAGCUGUGAGUUUUGUUGUUCCUGCAUUGAGUGAGGAUGUACCGGAGAAUGUGGAUGUUUCGCUUCAGGUAGAAGAACCUAAGAAGACGCGAGGGAGGAGGAAGAAGACGGUGGAUGCUGAUUUGGAUAAAAAAAAGGCUGCAGAUGUUGUUGUUGGUCCAGUAUUCGGUAGAAUGACCCGAGCAAGGGGAAAAGGGUUGUUGUUGGAGAAUGUAGAAACCGGUGGUCUGGAGAAGAAUGUCGAUGGAUCUUUACAAGUUGCUGAGGUAAAAUACAAUGGUUUGGGGGAGAAUUUGGGAGCGAACGAUGAAUCUGCUCAAGAAAAUGUGGCGGAGAAUCAAGAAAGUUGUGAUGGAAAGGGGGUCGUGGCUGAUGGAAGUUCGUUGAAGGGAAAGGGAGUGGCGUUUUCAAAACUUGGGUCCGAACCACCGCCCAAACGAAAUUUGAAUUUCAUUUUAAACCCAAAACUCCACAACACACACACACACACACCGCCCAAACGAAAUUUGAAUUUCAUUUUAAACCCAAAACUCCACAACACACACACAGCGUAUCAAAUGGCGAAACCAACAACAACCUUGAAGCUGAUAAUAGAAAAAGGCCCUAGAGCAGGCGAAACCCUAGAAUACUCAUCAACCUCAAUAAUCAAAAUCGGCCGUGUAGCUACCGGGAACACAUUCGCAAUCAAGGAUUCUGGAAUCUCAUCCAAACACUUAUGCAUCCAAUUCGACAACCAGUUGAGCAAAUGGACACUUUGCGAUCUCGAUUCAUCCAACGGCACCGUUUUGAACGGCCAAAUGCUUAAGCCGUACACUCCUUCUGCUCUAAACGACGGCGACCGGAUUAAGAUCGGUGAGUUGACCUCAAUUGUUGUGAAUAUGCAAGCCGAAUCGGUGGUUCCACCGAGACGGAACACUAGGAGGCAAGGAAAAUGUAGAACUCAAUCUCAAUCGGAUGAUGGUGGCGAAAAUGGAAAAUUAGGGUUAGGGUUUGAUGGGGAAAAAGAGGGGAAAGAAGCGGUUAAGAAGCGGAAUUUGCGUAGUAGUGUUAAGAAAGAUAUGGAUUUAAGUGUUAAAAAGGAAGCUGUGAGUUUUGUUGUUCCUGCAUUGAGUGAGGAUGUACCGGAGAAUGUGGAUGUUUUGGUUCAGGUAGAUGAACCUAAGAAGACGCGAGGGAGGAGGAAGAAGACGGUGGAUGCUGAUUUGGAUAAAAGAAAGGCUGCAGAUGUUGUUGUUGGUCCAGUAGUCGGUAGAAUGACCCGAGCAAGGAGAAAAGGGUUGUUGUUGGAGAACGCAGAAACCGGUGGUUUGGAGAAGAAUGUUGACAGAUCUUUACAAGUUGAUGAGGUAAAAGACAGUGGUUUAGGUGAGAACUUGGGCGCGAACGAUGAAUCUGCUCAAGAAAAUGUGGCGGAGAAUCAAGAAUGUUGUGACGGAAAGGGGGUCGUGGCUGAUGGAAGUUCGUUAAAGGGAAAGGGAGUGGUAGAGGAGUCAGAGUGUAUGAAAGAUGGUUGUGAUAAUGAUCGGUGGAAAGAUUUGGAGAAGAUGACGUUAGGGGACUUUUUUGAUUACUUAGAAGUGCAACUACCGAAAGAGAUAUAUGACAAGUCAGAGAAAAUCAUCGCGGCUUUGGAAGAGAAGGCGCGUAAAUGCCAUGAGUUUCGGCUUCAAAGAAAUGAAUCUGGAAAGGGUAAACUAGUUACAGAGUAGACUGAAGAGAAUUUGACUAACUUUCAGAUGUAUCUGUUAGCAAUGGGCAACCUUUCUUUCUUUUGUUCAACGCUGGCGUACUUUUGGUUAACCGAGUUCAAAUCCACCAACAGGCGAAGCUGUUUGAGUGUCCCACAGCCUAAAUCUCGCCGCGUUUAAAGGUCUUUUAGUACCGGUUUUCAUGUAUUUACUUGAAGAUUAAACCUUGAGCAACUAGUUAGGUUUAUGAAAAAUUAGUUUGGAUUGUGGUAUAUGUUGAAAUUAAUGUAUUAGAACUUUAGCACUUAUUUUCUGUGAUAUUCAGUGUACUGCUAGGGAGUACCAAUGAUAUAAGUUCAUUUACUUUGAGGUUGUUUUAGGUAAUUAUUUCGUCUUUUAUGUAGUGGUCAUCUUUCUCGUAGUUGCCUAAAAGAUAAUGGAAGGUUGAAGUUGAAUUG